GCCGGCGGCGGUGGCGGGCGAGCGGCUGCAGCUGCCGCCGGCGUCUCAAGGGCUGCAGGCUGCAGGCGGACACAGCUCCCAGCUAUUCCGAAGCCCAGCAGCGCCAGGCCUCUCGGCCCCGGGCCCCCAGCGGGCGUCGCCGCUCCUCGUCGCCUAGCCCAGUGCCACCGUGCAGGAUUGCCGGCGCCCCGCAAGUUGCGAGCGCACUCUGCGCCCGGGGAAACUUUCCCCCGUGGCCGGGCCUCUGCCAGAGUUUGCCCUGAAGCCCAGCAUCAGGAAACUUCAAGGGGACCUCAGUGCCUCCCCAGGAAGAAAGACAACAGCUGGAAGAGGUAGACACCUGCUGGACAGCCUCCAGCCUGCAGAAGCCAGCCCUCCUGACACUGCCACAUCUGCAGGACAAGCUGGGCUGGUGAGAGACGCACCUCAGUCCCUCUGACUAGGAGACUUCGUCCUGCUGACUCCCGGAGAGCUACCCAGGCCGAACACCAUGGAGGGCGACUGUCUGAGCUGCAUGAAGUACCUGAUGUUUGUUUUCAACUUCUUCGUAUUUCUGGGAGGAGCCUGCCUGCUGGGCGUUGGCAUCUGGGUCCUCGUGGAUCCCACUGGCUUCCGGGAGAUUGUGGCUACCAAUCCUCUGCUGACCACCGGCGCCUACAUCGUCCUGGCCAUGGGCGGCCUACUGUUUCUUCUGGGCUUCCUGGGCUGCUGUGGGGCUGUCCGAGAGAACAGGUGUCUGCUGCUAUUUUUUUUCCUGUUUAUCCUGGUCAUCUUCCUGGUAGAGCUCUCAGCAGCCAUCCUGGCCUUCAUCUUCAGGGAACACCUCACCCGCGAGUUCUUCACCAAGGAGCUCACCAAGCACUACCAAGGCAAUAAUGACACGGACGUGUUCUCUGCCACCUGGAAUUCGGUCAUGAUCACAUUUGGCUGCUGUGGGGUCAACGGGCCCGAAGACUUCAAGAUGGCCUCAGUGUUUCGGCUGCUGACUUUCGACAGUGAGGAGGUGCCCAAGGCCUGCUGCCGGAGGGAACCCCAGACUCGGGAUGGGGUGCUGGUCAACAGGGAGGAAUGCCAGCUGGGACGGAAUCCAUUCAUAAACAAACAGGGCUGUUACACAGUGAUCCUCAACACCUUCGAAACCUAUGUCUACCUGGCUGGGGCCUUUGCCAUUGGGGUGCUGGCUAUUGAGCUUUUCCUCAUGAUCUUUGCCAUGUGCCUCUUCCGGGGCAUCCAGUAGGCCAUGGUCUGAAGAUACCCAGCUCACCACUGUCCAGUAGCCAGCCCCCUCCCUUUCUUGUCCUCUGGCCCCAGGGGAGGAGGCAAAGCCAGCCCAGAUGGCCAGGAGCAUAGAGCUAAUUUUUAACAAACAAAAAACAGAGACAGAUGUGAACUAAAGAGGCCUCACCUUGGCUCCAAGGCAGGAGCUAUGGAUGUCGACAAGGACCUCGGGCUGGCCUGGGACCAGCUGUUCCUGAGACCAAAGGAUUAUCAGCCUCAGAGCCCCUGGGCCCUGUCAGACUGGAGUGUCCCCUGGCCUGGGUCCCCUCUCUUAACAUUUCCAGGAUCUGAGCAUCCAGAAGGCAGAAACACACCCUGGAGGAUGAGCCAGAGCUCAGAAGCCCCAAGGAGACGCACUUUUCACAACCCAAGGACAGAAUCUGCAGCACCACCUGCUGGAGGACGAGGCUGUCCCUGCUCCUGGCUGGCAGAGGGUGGCUGAGUGUGGACACUGGAUCUGAAAGUGGCUGUCUUUGAUUUCCUCAUCUCUUGGAUCAAAGCCUCUCCACGGCCCAGAAAAGGACAGUGACCUGUCCACGGUCACACAACCCGUGCAUGACAAGGUCAUCUCUGGGCUGCUGUCACUCCAGCCAGGCCUUCCUCAGAUCUGCCUCAGCAUCCCAGAGUAAGCUGGCCAGGAACUGCCUGCACCAAGUUCUACAGCUGAGAAAAGUCCGAACCGUGUCCACUCUGCCCUGCUGGUACCUCGACCCAAGCCUACUGCCAUACAUCACCUGUCCCUGUGGGCCACACCCCUCCCUCCUCUCCCCGGUGGAAGACACCCCGGUAUUGUUCACUUCUCUUUCUACCCAGAGAUGAGGCUUGAAUGUGUUCUUCAAGGUCCCUGCCAAGAAUCCGGUCCCCCCCCCCUGCAUACCUCCACAUGUGAUGCUCACUACCUCCCAAUGCGGCCUCCUGCCUUCAGAAGCUCUAACGUCACCAUCACCUCAACAGACAGAAGGGUUUCCGUUUUCCUGUGCUUCUGUCCAUGUACCCCCUUCUCUCUCUCCUUCCUAGAGGUUAAAGUCAUAACUUGUCUGCGGACUUAAAGAACCCCACAGCCUCUCAGCCAUUUCUACCAUGACAUACAUUCUGUCCUUUGGCUGUCCAGAUGACAUUUUGCUAUUCUCUCUAGGCUCAGAUUACCCAGACUCAUGGGUCCACAACUUAAACACACACACACACACACACACACACACACACACACACAACUCAGACUACAGACUAGGUUGCCAAUUGGGUUGCAAGAUGCCUGACCCUGUCAGGACCAUGUUGAAUCCAUUAGUGUUGUCUGUCAGAAUCUCAAGUUUGAUUAAUUAUGUCUGCCAUGGGCUCAGCAGGGGGGGUGAGGGAGCAGUGGUGGAAGGAGUGCCUGCUCUCCUCUCCCAGGGGGAAGAGCCUGAUCUAAUUCCAGCUUCCCUCUGCCUUCCUGCCACCUAGGAGUCAUAGCUGGAGCCUGGACCCCAGGGCUCCCUUACUGCCUGUGCUGUCUGGGUUCAAGGGGACCCUCCUCUUCAUGUCCUCACCCAUCCUGGACUUUCUGGGGGUCUUUGAGCACCACUUUUCCAAGCUGUCCUUAUGACAACUUACUUGGCAUCCCCAUAAAAUGAAGCCUAGAGACUGAGUCACCAGGUCAAAGGACCCCAGUGCUGGCUCCCAGCUCCAGACUAAGAGAACCUUAGCUCUGACUCAGAACCCACGGCAUACUGGGCUCCAACAGCCUAGGAAGGCAAAUGGAUCAGCUGAGGUCGAUUGGGAGGCUCAUGGCCUGGCUGAACAGGACAGAGCCCAAGCACAGGGGCUGCUGCCCAGAGCUAGGCCAGGCUUCCAGGACAGCUAGGCAGGCCCGGGACAGAGGGCUGAGAAGGCAGAUCGCCAGCCCAGGCAGUUCCAGGGUAGACCAUACUCUCAACAGGAGAACUUUGCAUAUAGAUGCUGAAGAGCCCCAGGGUAGGCCAGAUCCAACCCAGCUAUGGCUCCAACUCCUCAGCCAGCACCCUCUGCUACACAGCUGCUCUGUGUACUCCCAGGGGAGGGGAACGGAACCCUCCCUUCACCUCUCACCCCAGGACCUACAGCUUCACCUGAGAUGCCCUGUGACCCUCACCCAGGAGUGAGCAGAACAGCCUCUACCUGUCCCAGAGCCACUUGCCAAAGGGACAGCAGUGUCCUCUAGGAAGGGAGCGAAGACUGGAUCUGUGGCCCAUGCCCUUCUCAGCACCCUGUCCCAAGCCCCUGGCCUACCCAGGUCCUGAGCCCAGCACCCUGCCCCCAGAAACCCCGACACACACACACACACACACACACACACACACACACACACACACACACACACACACAUCAUAUGUUAUAGUCUAUUUUGGAAUCUGUAAAUGUCCCUUGCAGUAGGAAACAGAGCUAAUUUAUCAUUGUAACUCCCAAGCUCCCCCUUUUAUAUUCUAUAUCAAGAGAAAUUUUGUAAUAUAAAACAGGACACCAAACAGAU